CAUGCUUAGCGGCGGGUGAAGAGAAAUGAAAACGGCCAUGUCGUGGUGGUAGAUUAGUUCAACUCAAACGUGUGGCUAACUCAUUUUCUCGUGUAAUGUAGUUAGCUUUAUGCCGCAAUUUAAUUUGCAGCUGCUUUUUACUGGCUGUACGCAAUUCGUUUGAUUUAGCGCGUAAACUGAGCACCAAUAUGAGUGGAGGAGGGACGCCUUACAUUGGCAGCAAAAUUAGCCUAAUUUCUAAGGCCGGGAUCCGCUAUGAAGGCAUUUUGUACACUAUUGAUACUUUAAACUCGACUGUGGCUCUUGCUAAAGUUCGCUCUUUUGGGACUGAAGACAGGCCGACUGAUAGACCUAUUCCUCCUCGAGAUGAGAUAUUUGAGUACAUCAUCUUCAGAGGCAGUGACAUAAAGGAUUUGACUGUAUGUGAGGCACCCAAGACGACUACCUCCCCUCCACAUGAUCCUGCCAUUGUUCAAUCUUCACUUGGAUCUUCUGCCAGUGGAGCUGCACCAUCCUCAUCAUUUCAGUCUGCUGCUUCCUUCAGCAGUGUACCUGUGGCACCCUAUAGUCAAUUUGGAGUUGUCCAUCAAUUUGGAUCAACUGUAGCAGAUCGCACAAGUCCCUCACUGGAUGCCUUAACCAAAAGUCCAACCCUAGAACAAGUUAAGCCACCUCAGACAAUAGCUCCUGCUCCAUCUGCACCUGUAGGACAAAGGACUCAGUCAGUAGCAUCAGUGUCCAAAGCCCCUCCCACCUCUUCAACCAGUGUCAACCAGAAGCCACCAGACCUUCUGGAACAGAGAAAAUCUUUGGAAGUUCAGAAAUUGCCUGAGGCAGAAAAUGACACUGUCACUGCUGAAAGCCAAGAUGCUAAUAAGCACCAAGCUGCUUCUGCUCAGGCUGUACGGCGUGGUCGUGGAAGAGGAAACCGCAGCAGAGGCAGAGUAAACAUGCGCAGGGAUGGUACUAUGAAGUUUGAAGAGGAUUUUGACUUUGAAACUGCCAACGCUCAGUUUCAUAAAGAUGAUAUUGAUAAGGAACUACAAAACAAGCUUAAACUCAAAGAUGACAAAGCUGAUAAGGCACUAAAUGGAGAGGAAAGUGCUGAGUCUGAACAUGCAACUAAUGAGGGAGCAGCUGUGGAAGAUGCUGUCAUUAACACAUACUAUGACAAAUCCAAGUCCUUCUUUGAUAACCUGUCCUGUGAUGACUCAAGGAAAUCGGGUGAAAGAGGAUUUUCAAAGGACAGAAGGCCGACCUGGGCAGAGGAGAGGCGCAUGAAUGCAGAGACCUUUGGCAUUCCUCUGAGGCACAGAGGCCGAGGCGGCUUUCGUGGCAGGGGAGGAUUUGGGCCUCGAGGAGGACGUGGGCGAUCCUCCAGCCGGGGUUCAUUUGGGCCUCCUCGUGGUGCUCCACCUGGGUUCAGAGGGGGGUACAGAGGAGGAAGAGGACGGGACUUCUCUGACUUUGAAUACAGGAAGGAUAACAAAGUUGCAGCAUAAUUCAACAAACAAACCACAAAGAAGUGAAGCUCUUCAUCAUGAACUUUGUCACUUCAACAGCAACUGUGCCCCUGUUGUUUAAUACUCAGUAAAAGAGUUUGAAGACUGUACCUGAAAUAUUUUUUACAUCUGUUACAGUCUUUACUUAAAGAGUUGAUAAUGCAAGUGAAUUGCUAAAAUCACUUUUGUUACUGUGAGUAGAUCACUUUAUGUGAUCAGUAGCUAGAUUUUGUUCUGGUUUGUUGUUUUUUUUUUCUCCAGUAAGUCAAUGUAACAAAGCCAAAUUAAGGAAACGCCUUCAAACUAAAAUAGUGAUUUAUGAAUGUAUGUGUUGCUCAUAUUUUGGAACGUAUCUUUUUCAGAAUUCAUCUCUGUUUACCUUUUGUUACAUGGUCAGUUUGUCAAUCAUGUUUUUACAUCUGCACACCUGUGGAAGUAUGGCAGCCUAAAGCAUAGGUAUUUUUCCACGCAUACAGCGUUGGCGCUUUAUUUUGUCCACUGCAUUUUUAACAGAUAUUUGUUAAUAUACCAAGCCAGUAAGAUAUUAUAACAGAACAUAAUUGGUAAUUAUUAAUUGCUAUUUUCUUGUAUGGGGCAGCCAAAUUGAAUCUUUCAGUAAAAAUAAAGCUGACAUAUUUUUUCCCAAAAUUUUGUUUU